AUGGCCGACCAAUCCCAGGAACAAAAAUUGACACUAACAUCUGCCCCAUCUACCUCAUACACUCAAAAAACAGCAAGGAAACCCGUCAUAAAGACAGUUAAGUCAACAACUACAAAAACAGCGACUACACCAACCAAACCAAAGACGUUAAGGCAGGUCUUAACAAUCCGCAAGGUGAGGAAGACCCAGCACGAGUCCCGGGCGAUAACUCCACACAAAUCCAGAAUCCAGACCAACCACCGAAGCAGCGAUGCCUUCGCCCUCUUCAUCCGCCAGCUCUGCCAUAGACAGCAUCAAGAAAUGGCCAUAAACUGGACGCAGAAUCCACCGAAAAUACAGGACGUGAUCCAACCUCACAGGAUAGCGAUAGCUCGGUAG